UUGUCUCAGUUGUAGGUGUCGUCGGUGUUGUGGGAGAUGUCUCAGUUGUAGGUGUCGUCUGUGUUGUGGGAGUUGUUUCAGUUGUAGGUGUCGUCGGAGUUCUCUCAGUUGUAGGAGUCGUUGUUGUCGUCGAAGUUGUCUCAGUUGUAGGCGUUGUCGGUGUUGUGGGAGUUGUCAUAGUGGUAGGUGUCGUCGGUGUUGUCGGAGUUGUCUCAGUUGUAGGAGUCGUCGGUGUUGUGGAAGUUGUUUCAGUUGUAGGUGUCGUCGGAGUUCUCUCAGUUGUAGGAGUCGUUGUUGUCGUCGAAGUUGUCUCAGUUGUAGGCGUUGUCGUUGUUGUGGGUGUUGUCUCAGUGGUAGAGGUUGUCUCAGUUGUUGCUGUCGUCGGAGUCGUUGUCGACGGGGCUGUGGGAGUUGUUUCAGUUUUAGGUAUCGUCGGUGUCUUCAACGUUGUGGGAGUUGUUUCAGUUGUUGUCUCAGUUGUUGCUGUCGUCGGAGUCGUUGUCGACGGGGCUGUGGGAGUUGUUUCAGUUUUAGGUAUCGUCGGUGUCUUCAACGUUGUGGGAGUUGUUUCAGUUGUUGUCUCAGUUGUAGGUGUCGUCGGAGUUUUUUCAGUUGUAGAUGUCGUCGGAGUUGUUGUUGUCUCAGUUGUAGGUGUUAUUGGCGUUGCUGGCGUAGUACUUUCAUUUGUCGUAGCAUUGCCCUCGCAUUUGAUAGGAGAACAUUUAUUUCCUUCAUCUUUACAGCUUAUACUCUUAGCCUGUUCGAUUAUAUUUGUGAAUAUUAUUUUAAAAAUUUAAAUUUACUUUGACAUAAUAAUCAGCUGUGCUAUUCAUCUCCUUGAAGUAAUGAAUUUUUCUGCUUACCAUCCCAAGUUGAUCUGAUAACUUUAACCUUUUUCCAUUAUCGCCUACUAGUUCUUGUGUGAAAGGAUCAAUGUUGUUCAAUCUUGCAUACAUAUGACAUUCUGCUAUGUUAAUUUUUGUGGAUUUAGUGCUAAUAGGUAAAAAUUCUGUGGAACAUUUAGAUGUCUGGUCGGCUUUUCAAAACUUUGCUUUCGAGUUUAGAGUUUCAAUUAGAAAAAGGGCAAGUUUUUGUGUAUUCUGUUUCUGGUACCAUAAAGACAACCCUGUUUAG